AUGUCGGGCCCCAUCGAAACAACGUCGGACCUCGAAGAUGUCCCUAGCACGGCUAAAGUACACAAGAAAGCGACGGUGACCGAAGCACUCGUCGCACCCAACGGCGACAAAUCAACCGUAACCUUACAGCACGAAGCAAGUAAAGACAGCGCUGAAGAUUCUCAUCGUGAUAAUGAUGCCGAAUAUGUAAAGGGACAUCCUGUUAUUCGAAAUGGGUUCGAUGUAUCGAAAUUCCUAAUAUCAGUUCGCGAUGAUGGCGACCCCGCGUUGACAUUCCGCUCCAUAAUCUUGGGAUCCGUAUUCACGGCCCUUUCAAGUGUUAUUACUAUGCUUUAUAUAUUCAAGCCGUUUCAAGUACAAGUUUCAGCCGUAUUCAUACAGUUGUUGGUGUUUAUUUUCGGAGAAGCAUGGGCUCUCUCAACUCCACGCCCAGAACGGUUCAAGGCAAAGUGGGUGCAGAAGAUACUCAGAUUCGUCAAUUCUGGACAACCAUUCGGGAUCAAAGAGCACGUGGUAUCAUCGCUCAUCGCCUCUUCUGGCAACAAUGGACUGUCUGGUGUGGAGGUUUAUGCCAUAGAACGAUUGUUUUAUGAUCGGUCCGUCUCUGCUUCCACCGCAGUCCUCGCUACUUUCUCCAUUUCACUUUGUGGAUUCGUAGUAGCUGGUCUUUUACGACCACUUAUCGUCUAUCCCGCAGAGAUGGUGUAUUGGUUGACGCUGCCACAGGUAGUGCUUUUCCAGAAUCUCCAUUUUGAUCGGGUGGCCAACCGGGGCCGUCUUAUCAAAUUUGGCUGGGCUCUUGCAUUCGCUGCCGUCUGGGAAAUAUUCCCAGCGUAUAUUGUACCAUGGUUUAGUGGUAUCUCUAUAUUCUGCCUAGCAUCGUUGGGCGCGCCAAAAAGGACCCGUACUAUCUUCUCCACCAUCUUUGGAGGAGCAUCUUCCAACGAGGGGCUUGGGCUUCUGAAUUUCUCUCUAGACUGGCAGUAUAUCCAAAGUCAAUACCUGUCGCUGCCGAUCAAGCAGCAGCUAAAUUCUUGGAUCGGCUAUGUCAUCUUAUAUUCUGCUUUGCUUGGAUUGUACUACAGUAAUACAUGGAACGCCAAGAGUUUUCCUUUUAUGUCGACAGCUCUCUUUUCAGCAAAUGGUUCUGUAUUUCAUCCAACCUCGAUUUUGAACGAGCGAGGUGUAAUCGAUGAAAACAAGUUGAACGAGGUCGGUCUGCCAUAUCUAACAUCAAGCACCGUUUGGGGGUAUUUUACCCAGAAUAUCGCCAUAGGGGCAUUGAUAACCCAUGUUAUCAUAUUCUUCGGUAAAGACAUGGUUCUCGCGUGGAAACAGGCACGUAACAGAACUCAACCCGAUCCGCAUUACCAAGCGAUGCUGAGAUAUAAGGAAGUACCGCAAUGGUGGUAUCUCGUGCUUUUCGCUCUCUGCUUUUUCGCCGGGUUAGCUGUGAAUAUUAUAGGCGAGACCACACUUCCUGUAUGGGGAUACAUUAUAUCUCUUCUUCUGGGGUCCUUCAUUGCGCCCUUCUCCUGUAUCCUCUAUGGGUUAUACGGAAGCGGAGUGGCAACCAACCAGAUCUCUAAAAUGGUCGCUGGCGCUGUGCAUCCAAACCUACCGUUGGCCAACCUAUUUUUCGCAUCGUGGUCGCAUCAAGUCAUCCUCCUUGCCGUAAACCUGGCAAACUGGCUCAAGGUUGGCCAAUACACGAAGGUGCCUCAUCGUGUCAUGUUCGCUACCCAGAUCUACGGUACUCUCCUUGGAGCAGGUCUGAACUACGCCGUUAUGACUAUCAUCGUUAACAGCCAACGGGAAAUCCUUCUUGAUCCUCAAGGUAACAACAUUUGGAGCGGAUCUAUUGUACAAAGUCUCAAUUCACAAGCAGUAACGUGGGCCCUGGCGAAGCAAAUGUACGGAGUGGCAGGACGCUAUCUCAUUGUCCCCCUUGGUAUCGUUAUUGGCCUUGCCAUACCAGUUUUCCAUUGGGGCUUGAUUAAGUUAAUUCCUCGUUUAAAGGAAUGGCCUAUUAACACGGCCCUGAUUGUCGCCUAUAGUGGCAUUAACUACUAUGGAAAUACGUCGUGGAUUUGGUCUUCCAUAGCGGUUGGUAUCUUUUCGCAACUCUGGCUAAGACGUCGAUUACCGAGGAUCUACAACAAGUAUAAUUAUCUUAUCGGGGCGGCAUUGGAUGGAGGAUCACAGCUGGUGAUUUUCAUUCUGUCUUUCGCAGUCUUUGGUGCCAGUGGAACGGCUCAUCCAUUCCCAACAUGGUGGGGAAAUCCAUCUGGUAACCCUGAUCACUGUCUCUAA